AUGGCCGUGGGGAUCGCACUGUUCCUGGGGCUGGGGAGUGCCGCCGGCGUGUUCCUCGUCUCCACCGACCCCUCCCCGGUGACAGCGCUCCUGGGCUCCUACGUGCUCCUGAAAUGCAGCUUCCCCGCGGCCCUGCGCGUUGGGGCGAGGGACGAGACGCUGCUGGUCAGCUGGUACUUCCAGGAGAGGCGAGUGGCUGAGUUGGACGGCAUCCCCAUCAGCACCCGGGUGGGCGCUAUCCUGUUCUCCCAGCAGCAGGGCCACGCCCAGGCCUCACUGCUCCUGCCCGGUGUCACGCUGGCUGACCAGGGCCCCUACCGCUGCUCCGUCCGCUAUGCCGGGCAGCACGGGGAGGGGACGGUCCAGGUGCAAGUUGCAGCGCUGCCGCGGGUCGAGGUGCCCAGCCCCGUGGUGCAGAGGGACGAGGACAGCGCCCUGGUGUGCUGCGUGCGGGGGUUUUACCCCCAGCACAUCGCAGUGUCCUGGCUCCGGGACGGGCAGGAGCUAAACGCCUCCUUCGUCUCUGCCGCGCGCCGGGGGCACCGGGACGGGACCUUCAGCCUGGUGACCGUCUACGGCUUCACCCCCACGGAGCGGGAUCUGGGGGCGCUGUUCUCCUGCCGGGCACGGCACCCCCUGCUGAACCAGUCCCGCCAGGCCGACUUCUGGAUCUCCUUCAGGGCUGGCGGCCUGGAGAUGGGACUCAGGGUCCUGCUGUGGGUGCUGCGAGCGUCACUACUGCUGGCCAUGGCCAUGGGGGGCUGGCUCUACUGCGACACCGGCAGCCGGCCGAGGAAGAUGGUGGAGCAGAUGAUGGAGCAGGCGACGGAGCGGAUCUGGGACCCCCUGCGUCAGAGGUUCCAGCAGGCUCGGGAGGCGAUCUCCUCAUGGAGCAGAUAGGAGGAUCCCACCGCUGCCUGCAGCACCAUGGCUCUCCGUCCCCGCAGCGCUGUCCGUGCCUCCCGUGCCCCCCUUGUCCUGUGGCAUCCUGCGCUCCAGCUGUGACGUUGUGCAGUCUAUAUGGUUUUAUAAAAAUAUGCUAAUGAGUGAAUAUAAUGUAACUGGGAUAUGCUUCAUGCAAAAGGUCUCUUGUAAGGUAUCAUUACAAAGCUUAUAAUCUACUGAGUGUGAUCAUCCUAUUUGUAUAAAUGUACCACUCUUGUAUCUGAAGCUAGGAAUAUGAAAUAUAACUCUGAGGGCCUAUUGCAAAGUGUGGGCCAUUAAUGGUGGUUUGGAAUCUUAAUGGCUCCCAUCAACCAGGACAAUUCCCUGGGGCUCUGUUUGCAAGCAGGCCUUCCCGUGAGUCAGGCUGGGCGGAAUGAAGGCUUGGGGUCUUACAGUGACAUGUGAUCAUGUCACAUGAACUGGAAUCCAACUUUAACCUGGUGCUUUUCGAGUGGGGGGUGCGGGGGUGGAAACCCAGAGGGACAAAGGGUUCUCGCCUUAUGCAAAAGAUAUAUAAAGGGGUGGAACAGAACAAACAGGAGGGGAGAGGAACCAUCAUGAAGAAUCCCCUAGCUACCACCUGAGCUAGAACAAGAGUUGUACCAGGGGGAAGAAUUGUGCCCAGGCCUGGAAGGGGUCCAGUCUGAGGAAAAAAACUUACUGAAGCAUCUCUGAGGGUGAGAUUAUCUGUAUUCAGUUUGAUUAGACAUAGAUUUGCGCAUUUUAUUUUAUUUUGCUUGGUGACUUGCUUUGUUCUGUCUGUUACUACUUGGAACCACUUAAAUCCUACUGUCUGUAU